CUGCUUAGUUAUAAUUCUUUCAAAAACAUUUCAAUAAAAUUUUUUAAAACCAACAUAAACAAAUGUUCCUCAAGCCUUAAAUAACACGCGUUAUACAAGAACAUUUACCUCACAUAUAUAAAAAAAAAAAAGAGCUAGAGAAAGAGCAAAACCCUAGCAUAAGCAGCACCCAAUCAGCCGCGCAAACACACUAGAAAUAUUCUACACUUGCAACCAGAUCCAAACAAAGUCGGAGAAUGGCAAACAUGUCGAUAUUGCGCAUCAAGCGCGAACUGAAGGAGGUCAUGCGGGGCGACGAUUUUGUCCAGGGCAUGAUCAAGCUCGAAGUCAUCAACGACAACUGGACGAACUUGCGCGGCGAGAUAAAGGGUCCGCGCGACACACCCUACGAGGGCGGCAGGUUUGCACUGGAGAUCAAGGUGCCGGACACAUAUCCGUUUAGUCCGCCCACGGUACGCUUCACGACACGCAUCUGGCAUCCGAACAUUUCGGCCGCGUCGGGUGUCAUCUGCCGGGACAUACUGAAGGACAAUUGGGCUGCCGCGAUGACUUUGCGCACGGUGCUGCUCUCGCUCCAGGCGCUGCUCUCCGCCGCCCAGCCAGAUGAUCCGCAGGAUGUGUGCAUCGCCUACCAGUUCAAGGCCAAGCCAGACGUAUUCCAGGUGACGGCCAAGCACUGGACAAACGUUUACGCAGGCGGACCGCAUGUCUUUCCCGAUUGCGACACGAAGGUUCUAUGCCUCAUGGAAUUGGGCCUCGACGAGCACGAGGCGCGCAUACUGCUCUCCCGGGAGAAUUGGAAUUUGGAUGGUGCCACCGAGCGUAUAUUCCCUUGAAAAAGCCAACAGACAGCUGUAGCUGUUGUAUUUGUAUGCACACUAACUUCUGACAAACGUUACAAAUUCUAGCCAUCAAUCCCUAUCAGUCAAUCAAUCAAUCAAAAAUCAACGGAAUCCUGAAAUUCCAGUUUUAGUCAGCAACAGCAGCGGCAGCAAGCGAUACACUCACAAUUUCCAAUACGCAAAGACGCCAACUGAAUUUGUAAAUUUUACCCUAUUUGUUGUUAUUUUUACUUUUCCAAAUCGAUUUGUUGUGUAACAUAUAUUUAGCUCCAAGCGAAUUUCAAUUAAAAAUCAUAAAAUGAAGCAGAAA